AUGAAACUCAAUGGAAUUUCGUCCACAACGGUUGCGCUCGCAGCAGCGCUGGCGAUGGAGCCAACGAUUGCGACCGGAGUGGAAUCCUUGCUUGCUUUAAGCCGGACUGAAGAGAUGAGUAAGGCACACCCAGCGGCGAAAUAUACUAGUCUAUGGGAUUGUUGGACUAGUUGGAAGACAAAGAAAAGUUUGAAGAGUUAUAUGCGGACAGGCUCGUAG